AUGAACAAAUCAAUAGAAUUGAUUGAAGCAGAAUCAUUUAAUAAUCUUAGUAAUAGCAAUAGUAUCAAUAAUGAUGAAUUUGAUCAACCACUACUAAAAAAUAAUAAUUAUAUUGCAAUGAGUGAUAGUUUGGAAAGUGAAAACUAUGAAGUCGAUGUAAAGAAACCAUUGUUUAUCAAAUUCUAUCCUGGUCAGUUCAUAUUUGGAUUACAAAUGCUUCAUGCUACUGAUCCACUAUCAUUGUCUUUGGUUAUCGCUACUCUUACCAUUGUCGAUUUAGAGUAUUAUGAAGCUACUCUUUUAUUUGUAUUAUUUAAUUUCUCUGUUUUAUUUGGUAGACAUUUAAUUUUUGUUGAAACUGAUAUACAAUCAUUUUUAAGAAAAAGAAUGUAUAGAAAAAGUUCAUAUAAAUCAAUAUUAAGGGUUAGUUUUUGGCAUGGUCGAUUGGCAAGAUUAAGAGAUAUAACUAUUUUAUUAUUAUUGGGUUUUGGAAUACGAUUACUUUAUCUAUCCUAUGUUUAUGGUCGUGACCGUGAUAAUAUCAAAUGGCGAUUCUUUGAUAUGUUUACAGUGUCUUGUGUUGCAUUGUUGACUGGGUUCUUUCAACUUUCCUGUUACAUUUAUUGUUUGGUUUGUGUGAGAAUUGGAAAAGAAACAGAGGAAAGAUUGGUUAGUUUUAUGAGAACAAAGAAACGUCGUCCUGCUCAACUUCAACUUGGAGCAGUCCUAUUGGAACGCAAAUAUGGUGAAGAACUUUGCAAGGAAUUGGCAACUAUUUACAAUAAAUAA